CACAGUCACAGAAGUAUUAGAGAGGGCCAAACGACUGCGAAUCGUAGCUCCCAAACCCAAAAGCCCUAGAGUCCUUAUACGAGGAAGACGAAGAUGAGUAUGGGGUUUAGGUUCGAUCUCCUCCUCUUUACCAUUGCUCUGCUCUCAGUGCCAGUGCUAUCCGAUCUGAUCCUCUCCAAGGUUGACCGACGGGUUGAUUUGACAUCGCAAAUUGUGCGUAUCACUUCAACAUUAAAGGUGGAGAAUGAAGGAACUGAUUUGGUAUCAGAGGUUUUAUUGGCCUUUCCUGACAACCAGGCAAAAAAAUUGGCACAUUUGGUGGCAACACCAAAUGAAGGGAAAGGAAAAACAAAAAGCUCUGCUGUGAGUUUGCCUGUUGAAGUUGUCCAACCUGACGGAAUGCCUCCUGCCUUGACUUUCUAUUCAGUAUCUUUACCUAAGGGGUUGGGCAAGGGGGACACCUUCACUUUGGAUGUCUUGGCUGUUUUUACACAUGCCUUGCAACCAUUUCCUGAGAAAAUUAGCCAGGCUGAUAUACAGCUUGUUGUCUUCUAUGAGACUGCACACUAUCUCUCUCCUUACAUGGUCAAGGUCCAAUCACUCAGUGUAAAACUUCCUGAUGCAAGAAUUGAAUCUUUUACAAAAAUUGAAAAUGCAAAGAUUCAGGGUUCCGAGAUUAAGUAUGGUCCUUAUGAGAAUCUUCCUCCCUUCUCUUACUCACCUAUAGUUGUUCAUUUCGAGGGAAAUCAACCCUUUGCAGUCGCUCAGGAGUUGGAACGGGAGUUAGAGAUUUCCCACUGGGGCAGUGUGCAGGUGACAGAACAUUACAAUCUUAUCCAUGGAGGUGCUCAAAGCAAGGGGGAAUUUUCUAGGCUUGAUUAUCAGGCCAGACCCUACAUAAGAGGUGCAUCAGCUGUUAGGCGUCUUGUUGCAAAAUUGCCUCCAAGAGCUCAUUCUGUUUAUUAUAGGGAUGAAAUUGGCAACAUCUCAACAUCUAAUUUAUGGGGCGACCAUAAAAAGACAGAACUGGUAAUUGAACCUAGGUAUCCAAUGUUUGGUGGCUGGAGAACUGCUUUUACCAUUGGAUAUGGCUUGCCACUUCAGGACUUCUUAUUUGAGUCUGGGAAAAAGCGCUACCUUAACAUCUCCUUUGGUUCCCCUAUGGAUGAGGUUGUUAUUGACACUCUCAUUGUAAAGGUUGUUUUGCCUGAGGGUUCUAGAGAUAUCUCAGUAUCUGCUCCAUUUCCUGUGAAACAAUGGCAAGAGACAAAAUUGUCCCACUUGGAUGUUGUUGGUAGACCAGUGAUUGUUCUGGAAAAGACCAAUGUUGUGCCCGAACAUAAUCAGUAUUUCCAGGUCUAUUACAAGUUCAACAGUCUCUCAAUGUUUAUAGAGCCACUGAUGUUGAUUUCUGGAUAUUUCCUACUUUUUGUUGCGUGUAUAAUCUACACGCAUGCGGAUUUGUCAAUUUCCAAAUCUUCUCCAUCUUAUUUGGCAAAGUUGCAGUGGGAUGAGGUGCAAGCAGCAGUUCAGCAGGUCCAAAAUAUCAUCAGCCGAUGCUUAACAAUACAUGAUAAGCUGGAGGCAUCAUUACGUGAUCUUUCAAGGUCAGGAGAUGUCCAAGCUUGUAAAGCAGCUCGGAAAGCAUUCGAUGGUUUGUUGAAAGAUCUCUCAAAAGAUUUGAAGCCCUUGCUGGCGUUCUUGCAAUCCUCUCCGCAGGCUGCUCCGAUAUUACCAAAGGUGGAGGAUCUGGUUGCCAAGGAGAGAGAUUUGCAGGAGAAGCUGAUGGUGAAACACUCAACUGUGGUGGACAGCUAUGAGAAGAAUUCCGGGCGACGGGAAACUGAGAAUCGGGUUGCUUCCCAGCAGCAGAAAAUUACAGCCUUGAGGCAGGAGGUCGAUGAUCUUUUUGAGAUUAUUGAUGAGAUAUAACAAAUGAGUAUAUUAUUGUAUGAGAUUAAAGCGUUUACCCCACCCCCAAAACUUGUGUUGAGCUCUUUGUUCUUUUGGGUAGACAAAAGAUAUCAGAAUUUUGACGUGCUCUCACUUAGUUUAUAUACCUUCUCUCUUUUGGCAAGCAAAUUUAUGUAGUUAUACAUUACUAUUUAUGUAAUGACAUGGAUUUUUAGCGCUGCACUCA